UCGGGGUCCCGGCUGGCCGACACUCGGCGGCCACGGCGCGAUGGAGUCGCCGCUCGAACUGCUGGCCGCGCUACCCGCGCUGAUCACGGCGCUGGCGCUGCUGUUCGCCUGGCUGCUGCUGCGGCGUGGGGCGGCCAGGGCUCCGGAGAGCACUACCCGGGCCGGGGACCCCGGGGCUCCCGCGCCGCCUGAGCCUCCCAAGCCCUGCGCCCUGGAGCCCCCAUCCGUGGGACCGUGCCAGUUCGAGCGCGUGGCGGAGCCCGAGGAGGAGGAGCCAGAGGCCGAGGGGAGGCAGGAUGAAGACUCAGACAGUGAGAUGGGACCACCCACUGAAGAACCUGAGGAAGAAGCCGGAGCAGCCUUCUCCUUUAAGUACAGCCCUGGGCAGCUGAGGGGAAGCCAGUACAAGAAGAUGAUGACCAAAGAAGAACUGGAGGAGGAACAGAGGAUUGAGCUGACCUCUGACCUCACCUCCCUGUAGAGGGUCCCCUAGCCCCGGGCCACAAAUGUUCUUGCAAACCCUUGUGAACCGAAGAAUAAAGAAGGUGUCCCUUAGCCUCCUCCUGAAGGCUUUCUUUCCUUUUGACAUCCUAAAAGCUUGAGAGAGUUUUAAAAAAAAAAAAAAAAAAAAAGCCCCUCUUCCCCAGGGAGGAGCCAAUGCAGGCUGGGGUGGGGGAGGGUUGCACAUUGACCAGCCCCUCCUUGGGCUCCCCUGGACUAGCAAGAUCCUGGGAAUGGCCUUGUCUCUGUCCUUCUCAGAGGUGUUUAUGAGGGGGAAGCUUGCCAACAGUAUGGGCUCGGGCUUUUACCAGCCAUGUUUGCUCCCCACACAACCUUCGAGCCCCACCCCACCCCACCCAACACCCUGUUCCCACAAUCCCUCUGUGCUUUUGUCCUCACUGAAGCCAAACCACCAGGUUUGAGAAGUAACAGACAAAGGAAGUGAAGCCCACUGGUGCUCACUUGUGGUCAAGGGUGGUCACCCAGAGACAGUCACCCAUACCCACACACAUACACCGGGCAGGGGCUCUUUCCGCUCUGGCCGGAAUGAUUGAUACCAGGUAUUAGCUUUAAUAUGGUUUCCCUUCACUCCCACCCACACCCCGGGAGUCCAGUACUAAGAAGCCUUUUUCACUAGUGUUCUUAUCGCCUCAGCCUAGUCUCCACUUUUGCUCGCAGAAGCAGGAACAGUGCUAGCUUCCAGCAGACUGCUGGGUUGUGCAUUUUCUAAGGCUUUUUUCUUAGCUGACUCAGAACCCCCAGCAGAUAAUCACCCACGGGUCCCAGGUUAGCUUUUCUAGAAUUUUAUAUUUGACAGUAUUUAUACCAGACGACUUGGAAGUCGCAGACGUGUUGGCGAAAACAUUUUGUGUGUAUGUGUGUGUGUGUUUUUUUUCCUAAAGCACUAGGUUUUUAGAAGACUUCCCAUUUAAUGGGAGCCAGGAAAAUGUCCAACAUCGGCUGCUUAGCUGAGUAUUCCUGACGGUCCUCUCCCUGAUAACUCGGGUUCAGGGCUUAGGUCUGAACAGGCAACGAAGCAGCCGCAGACACACUCUGCCUUAGUUAGACACAGGGCCACGUGACCAGCACAGUCACACUCCCCUGUCCCUGAACAGCAAUAGUGAAUUCCCUGCCUAAGCUGGGAUUUCCUCCACAUAGAAUAGCGACUGCCUCUUGAUGUGGCUAGCUAGGCUCGUGUGGAACCAGACCAUGACUUGUGGGCAGCAAGCCCCUCGCAUGUCUGGCAGCUCAGCUCUCUGUGUUCAGGCCAAUAAACGUUGAGUAGAGAA